CGAGUGUCCACGCAUUUCAAUCGGGCGCCGCCGUUCGUUCAGUUUCGGCACUACUCGGCAAUCGGUAUUACCUCAGUCGGAUCGUACCGGCCGUCGUCGUGCUCCACACCAUAUUCAUAUUAUUCUUUUUGCCAUUAUUUUUAAUAAUAAAUAAUAAUAAUUUUAAUUUACUGUUUGCAAUUGUUUCACGCCCGCCUGGUCGUGUCGUUAGUGUACGGUGACGGCGUGUCGAGUGCAUUUGUUGUACAGGAAAUUAAAACUAUUUUUCAUUUUUUUCCCUUUAAAAGUGUUUAAUACUUAAAAAUGUAUGUUAUUAUGAUAUAAAUGAUACGCCGUGACGAGAGGAGUUACCCCACACCUGUGCCAUGUCAAUAAUUGAUAACGGAAUAUUGAUAAAGAAGAGUUUUUCGGUUUUGAGUCGUCAAUCAUUUUCGUGACCGUUUAUUAUUACCGAGUUAUUAUUGUUGUCGCCUGUGAAUUCGUACCGGGACGCGUUUUCGGAUCUAAAACUGGACAGUUGCCAUUCGUACAGUCACUGCGGUCCACAUUUGACUACGAUUCGUGUACCAUCCAGGUAAAUAUUAAGUAAACUACCUAUAAGAAACUCAUUUUGACCAUUCCAUUAUACGUCUGCGGUUGUUGCAUUUAUUUUUGUAGCUGUGAAUUACUAUGGGGGUCCGAUUCAUAUUAUGUCUCGUUUAACAUUUUCAUUAUUCACUCGUUGAAAUUACAUCAAUCAAUUGCCGAAAAGAUUCAUACCACAUAUGAGACAGGUACUUUAUUCUUGAAAAACACUAAUUUUUGAGAAAAUUAAUAAAUCGUUAUUACCCAGGUGUUAAAAUUAAAAAUAAAGUCGUGACAGGUGAAGUUAGAAUGAAUAAGUUCGAGUUUCGAAUGUAAUUCAUUUUUAAAUAAUUGUUCUUCGUGUAUAUUUUCAUGAUAAACUACAUAAUAUAUAGUAUAUAGAUAAAUACUAAUUAGUAAAUAUGCAUUUGAUUUCUCGCAAAAAUGUAUGUAUUUUUGAAAUGAAAUAUUAAAUUGGUUUCGCUAGUUUCUUUCGAGGUUUAUUUCUAUUACGUAUCUAAUAAUUCUAAUUCAAGUUGAAAGUAUUACAUUGUUUUAUUCAAUAUUUAUUGGGUUGAAAAAUAUUAAUAAUAAUAAUUUUAAAUUGCAUUUCCUCGUACUAUGGCCAUUCUGCGCUAUGUUAUUGUAAUAAUUGAUAUCGCCCAGUAAAUUAACGAAAUCUAGAUAAUAACUACACUAAUAACCAUUUGGCUUAUCAAAUAACAAAAUUUCAAUAGGUAUUUACGAAUAAAAUAAAAAUUAUUAUUCACAGGUGAUGAUUCAACUCUAUCUAAACUUAAUUAAGUAUCUGUGUGGCUAGUGGCUAGGCAGGAGAUACAGGCUACAGUUUAUUAUGGUCAUUUUUCAUUUUAGAUUCUGAAUGGAGCGAGGAAUGUAUUGGUUUUACAAUUGAUUUUUUUUUUUCGUGAACAAUUUUUGUACCAGAAAUGUUGAUUUGAUUUUCAAGUGUAGCACUUUUUAUGAAAGGAAAUCUAACCAAGGUGGUAUUUUAGAUAGAUGAUAUUUUUAUUUUGCUAGCAGUUUCAAUAAUAAAUGUGAAAAAUCGGAAAAAAACUAGGAGAAUUCGAAAAUUUACGAAAUUUUUUUAUUUUUAAACCGUAAAUAUUAUGGCCUUUCAAAACGUCUAUAACAAAACUCUGCUCAGAAUCGUUUUUAUUAACUAAGAUUAAUCAUUGCGUACAGAUAUACAUUCAACUGUCCUCUAUAUCCUACCUUCCCAAUUUUUCACCUACAACAGUUGCCCACCCAUUGUGCAAAAUAUGUCUUUAUCUUUUUAUAAUAUAAAUUCAUCAUACCUAUAUUUAUUUAUUGAGUGCAAGUUCAUAUUAAGAAAAUGCAUAGGGCAUUCAUUAUUAUUUUUUAAAUGCCAUCAGAUUAUUAUAUUAUAAUUUAAUCAUUAGUUAUGAAUGGUGGCUUCUUCUAUUUUACACUUUAAAUACCUUUGACAUUUAUAAUUAACUAAUUAUAGUGGGCAUGUGUAAGUCAAGCUAUUAGGAAGGUACUUAUUAGAUAAUAGUUUUUUAUUUUUCAUUAAGUAGAUGUUAUAUGUAAGCAGAUGUGUAACAUAAAUAAAUAAGUAUAAUAUUUUUUAAUUCUGUUUAAAUAAUUUUGAAUUUAAAUGUAUUAAAAAGUAUAUACACUGAUUUUUAUCCUUGUCAAUGUUUUUCUUAUAAUUAUAAAAUCCUUUUUCAUUUACUGUUAAAAAUCAUGUCAGGUAUUAGCGAAUCAUUUCUGAGGUAAUUUUAUUGAGACAAAAAGUCAAAAAAUAAUGAUUGUUCUUGUAUUAAACUAAAUAAUUCCAUUAAAAUGUUUCUAUUUCUAUAAGAUUGGUACAUUAUAAUAAAAUUCAAACUUAAAUAAAAAUUAAUUGAAGUUUUUGUCUUACUAAAGUCCUAAACUUGUUAUUGCUUUGGAAUUCAUAAAUUGGCAUUUUUUUGUUUCUAAAGGUACCCCUAAUUAUUAACACUUUUAAUUAAAACUUUUUUAUUUAAGAGCAUGGCAAUGCAAACCCAGCAUAUUUCAUUUUAGAACCAUUGGCUGUAAUAACAGUUUGUAUACACUAUUGUAAUAUGAGCAACUAGUGCUUUAGAUAUAGUUAAAGGUUUUUAAAAUUAUUUUAUACAUCUUGUUACAUUUAUUUUAAAUUUGUAGGUGUAAUAUUAUGUGAAAAUAGUAAAUAAUCAAAUUGAUUUGUAAUUAUAAUUUAAAAUCAAAUUAUAUUGCAUAAUGAAGACUAAAAUAAGUUAUCUAAUGGUUUCAGUUUUACACCUACCUACUAGAAAAAAAAAAAAUGUUUGGAAUUAUCUAAUUUUUUUCAUUUUAAGUGUUUAUUUCCUUAUAUUCUGAUGGGUAAAGUAUUUAAAUAAUAACAAUAAAAAAAAAAAACUGAUAACAGAAGUUUUAUUAGUUAAUUUAGGUAUUUCAUAAGAUUUAUGAUAAAUUCUUCAAAUAUCAUGAAAAUUAUUUUUUUUCUCAUGUGCAGUUAAAUAUAUUUAUUCUUUGCCGCAAUUUUGAUUUGGAGUGUUAAUAAAAAAAUAAUUUCGGCAAACUUAUCCUAUUUUAAAGAAUUAUAGAUACCUACUUAAUAAUUAAUUUAUGUGAACUAUUAACAAACACUGUAUUGCCUAUGCGUUCCUAAAGAAAUUUAAUUAUCUAAUCUGACCUAACCUUAGGGUAAUAUUUCUCUUUUUGAAAAUAUAAUUUAGAUAUACCUAUUAUUUAUCAGAAUUUAUAAGAGUAUAUAUUUUUAUUUAGUACCUACUUAUUUAGUAUGAUAAAAAAUAAAUGGGCGUGCGUGUGAGUGUGUGUGUGUACCUCUACUAUAGUUGCCAAGUAGUAUUAUUGUAUUAAGUAUGCAUUACUUAUUACACUAUCUUUUAUAAAAAAUUUUCCUGUCUUAUAAAAAUAUUAAGUUUCACAUUUACAUAUUACAUAUAUUAUACUACAUUAAAAAAAGGUAGCAUUUAGGAGCAACAUAAUUUUAAAGCUUCUUAUAUUUCUCUAUUAAAUGUGAAAACAAAUUAUAUUUGUGUAUGAUAUCCAUAUAAUAUACUAUGUAUGCAUACUCUAUAUACUUUAUAGAUACUUGUAAAUACAAUUUCGCGACACAAAUGUCAACAAUAUCACUAUAAUCAAGUAAUUUUUGUAGUAUCUAUUUGAAUAUUAGGCAUUGCUAAUAUAUGCUAAUAUGGUAUUGCAUAUUGUAAUAUGUUGUAUUGUAUUAUAUAUAAUAUUGCUUAAAUGUAUUAGGUACCACAUAAAAAUACAAAAUACAAAAUUGAAAUUCACACAAAAUAGGUGACACCACACUUAACCCAGGUUUUUAGGAUGAAAAAAAUUAUUUUUGUGUAAUUUGUAGUAAUUCAUAUUUAUUUGAAUGCUUAGUAGAUAUUAAAAUAACAUUGAAGAGCUUAUUUUAUAAGGUCUCCCCUUAUGUGAUAAAAAAACAUUUUCCACUAACUGUUUUUAAAUUAAGUUUUUUUUUGGAUCUUGUAUGCAAAUUUAAUCACCCCACUAACAUUCACAAAAAUUAUUUAAUUAAAAUAGUUAAAUUUGCUACUAUACCAAAUACCAGAUACCUACUGUAGGUAAAUAUGUUAUGUAAGAUGCCAUAAUUUUUUAAAUUUUAACAGAUAUCUAACGGAGUAAUGUAGGUACUGUGGUUUACCAUGUAUAAUACUUGUAUAUUUUAAUUUCUUAAUUAUUGAUAGAUAUUGAUCAAUUUUAGAGGAUCGAGUAUGUAAAAAUGUAUAUGUAAAUGAUCAAACACAUACAUUUUAUUACAGUUUUAAAUUAUUGAUAAAUAGGUAUUAUAUAAAUAUCAUAUAAUAAAAUUAGCUAAUUAAAGGUUAUCAUUAGUAAGUUAAUGACAUACUGGAUGUGUAAAUUAGUCAAUUUUCUGUUGGUUAAAAAAAUUCUUAUAAUAUUUCACAAAUGGUUUAGAUAACCAUUAUUACAUUUAUAUAUUUUUUAAAACAAUCAAUAAGGUCAAAGACUGGAUUGUAAAAAAGAAGACCUAUAACGUUUGUCUAAUAAUGGAAGGGUAUUUCAUAUUUACAGUUGACUUUGUAUAAGACCAUACUUAAUGUUUGUGGGUGGGUAAAAAAAAAUGUUAAGCAUUUAAUCCUAAUUUUGUCUUAUUAGCCACAUUGAUAGCUUUUAAUAAAAAUUGAAGAAUUUCCGUAACUACAAACAAAUUGACACUAUCAAUACACAUAUUUUUGGAGCUUAUUAUCUUCGUGUUGACAGAGUAGGUAAUUAACAAAAUACUACUGCAUUAUCUUCAAUAAAAUUGAUUUGUAUUAGCACGUUUUAUGAUGUACAGUGGUAGAAGAAGAGGCCUCUUCAAACACACUACACUGGGUGUGGCCUAGAGGGUCAAGGACCAAAUAUGCUGCAAGCUAAUCAACAUUCCACUGAGGAUCAUAUAUGAUAAUAUUCUAUCUAAAAAAUCUAUUGAUGCUCUUCAAUAUCUAAUUGAUUGAACAAAUUUUAAAUGUUAAUAUGUAUAUUUCUUAAAUUCAUAUUGAAAAUUUAUUUAAAAGUAAGAAAUCAUCUUAAACACUAACUAAUAUUUAAAUUGAAACAAAUUUAUUUAAAUAUUUGUUUAACUGUCAAAUUAUAGCUUAUAGCUUAAUGCUAUUCUUCGUGCUAUUUAUAUUCAUUGAUAACAUUUGAAUAUAAUGUAUUAUAUAUAUAUAUAUAUAUAUGUACAUAUAUGACUUGAUCUAAAUAUCUAAUAUUUAACUAAUUAAUUUGUAUUUGUAUAGUAUACAUUGUAGACGAUUUAAUGUUAUUAACAAGUGAAAUGAAAAAAAAAAUCCAAAAAAAAUAAAUAAAUGUUUAACUAUUUCUCCAGUUAAAAUGUUUAAAUUCUAAACAAGGAAGCUAUAAGUUUUAGAAAUCCAGGUGAUUUUUUUCUCAGAAAACACUUAUUAAGGUAAAAUAAAUAUUUUAAAUGUUUAAAAUUGUAUGUUUCUAAAAUGAAUUAAACAAGUUUUAUUUAAUUUUAAAUUAAUUAUUAUAAAUUAUAAUUUACUUUCUAUAAACACAAGUUAGUAAUAUUAUGACAUUAAAAAUAUAAUGCUAGUGAAAAAUCUCAUCUAAUACCUAGUACCUUCUUUAGUACUUUAGUACUUCUUUACCUUUACUGUUUUUUGUAAGGUAGGUAUAAUUAUUAUUAGGACUAGAACUUAAAUGCACUUAGUAUUGUUUUACAAAUUUUGCUGUAUGGUGCUCAUUUUAUUUAACAUUACAUUACAUGUAUUUUUGAAUAUAUUUUAUUGGUGCAUUAUUUUGAAUUUGUUAGGCAUUUUUGGGGUUUUAUGAAACAUUAUAUUCUUAUUGUAUUAAACCCCAGCCUAAUACCCUACCAAGAAACAUUAACAUCAAUACUUUCUAUUUUGUUAUGAAAUGCAACUAUUUUUUAUGACUUAUUUGUUCUGACAAUUUUUAUAUUUCUUGUUAUAUAAUUAUAUUAUUGUCGAGAUAUUUUGUUACUCUGUAUUUAGUUUUCUAUAAAAUAAUAUAAUUAUUAUAAUUAAAAAGUUUUACUGUUUAAUGUCUUGGUAUUUAGUUUUCUAUAAAUACAUUAUUAUUAAGAAUUAUUUCCAUCAAUAAAUAUACACAAAGUUUAUACUCAUAUUCUUAGAAAUAAUGUAGUAUUUUAAUUUUAAAAUUCAUAGAUGAACUAAACAUAAUUCUAUCAUAAUCAUUUAAUAAAUUAUAUAGAAAUACAUGUAUCGUAUAUUAUAGCUUUUAUAAAUUAUUUUAUUAACUAUGUUUCUACUGCAUUUUUAUCUAAAUCAAUAACACUUUAAUUAAUUGUUUGCUAAUAAUUUUUUUUUUAGAAUUUUCUCCAAUUUAUAAUAAACUAUUCAAUUAAUAAAAUCAACAUUCAUGUUUAUAUGGCAAAUAUAUAAAUUCUUAGACGCAUUUACAUUUCAGUUUUAAUUUACUACUUAAAUUGUUGAAUUGCCGAAAUGACCUUUUACUAUUUUAAUGUAGGUCGGUAUUCCUUAUUGAGGUCUAUAUUAAGAUACAAAAACGGUUGCUCUAAGUUUAAAUCCCUAGAAGUUAGAUAUUUUAAAAAAUGUUUAAUGGAGUAGGUUUCCACCAAAAAUGAGAUGUUUUUCCAUGAUGAAGUGAUGAAAAGUAACCUAUGUUAUUUACCAGUUUUCCAACUGUUUCUAUGCAAAAAAUCAUGUCGAUAGGUCUCUCCAUUGUGACAUAAAAGAAGGACAAACAAACAAACAUACACAUGUUUCACAUUUAUUAUAUUAAUAUAAAAUCUAUGCUAUAUAUAUUUAUAUUAUGCUAUUUAACUAUACAUAUAUAUAUAUAUAUAUAUAUAGUUAUAGAACCUUACAGAUACAUAUCAUUUGUAAUACUGGAAUAGACAUUCCAGUGUAUUCAACAACAUUGUUCUAUUUUUCACGGUGCAUUCCAUUAUUUGUUGAGUUCUAAUACCUGAUGAGUUAGCGAUGCUAAUUUAUUUGAACUCUGUGAAAAAAAUAUUUUCAUAUUUUAUUUUAUAGCGUAUAAUACUUAUUAUUGUUUUUGCUUAAAGAAGUUAUUUCACAUAUUUUAAUGAUCGUUUUCAAAAUAAUAUUCCAUACAAAUAUUUGAUUGAGAUAUCAUGAUACUUUUUGUUGUACUUAUGUAACAUGAAAUUCAGUUCGUAAUGAAAAAAUAUACAAUAAUCAAUAGCAUGAUUUUUAUUAUUUUUAAAUUAAAUAAAUACUUGAGAUAUUUAUUGAUUUUGUACUAAUUGAAUGCCAUUGAUGUUUUUUACAUAGAACUGUAGGAAUUCAUUGAAAUGUAUUACAUUUGAAAUAGAUUUUUAUGUUUAGAAUAAUAUGUCAGCAAUUCACAAUAAUUAAUACAUUUUAUAUUUUAUAAUUUUGACAAAAUCUUUCUUUAUUUUAUGUUGUAUAACAUGAUCACAUUUUACACUAUUAUCAUUGACCUAUGUAGAUGUCCGGCAAAUAAAAAAAUACCUCUUAGUUUUGUGCCAGGAAAUAUUAGGUAUCAAGAAUAAUAACAUAAUACAUUUCCAAUAAAUAUACCGAUUACUUAUAAUAAUUAUUAUUUUGAAAUGCCUAUCUACUUAUGAAAUUUUGAAUUAGCCAAUUGGUUAAAAUAAAUUUUCUAUUUGUAAUUUGCAAAUAUAAUAUGUACACGUUGUAACUUGAAUUUUAAAAUGUAUAGUCGGUACAUCGUUAGAAAUAUUACAUUUGGCCUGCUAACAUUUCUUAUCUACCUUAUGGUUUAUAUAAUUAUAGUGUGAUGUACAAUUAUUUUAUUUUAUAAAUUAUAAAUUUAUUAUUUUUAAAACUACUUGUGAAAGCUGAUUUCAUUUUUAAGUUCAUUUAAAAUAAAUAUUAAGCACUUUCAUACUUAUUUAUUUAAUGAAUAUUUUAAUAACCUUAUACCUUAUAAAACGUGUUGUCCGUUUUAAUAUUCUAUGAGGAAGCAAAUAUUUAAUAUUCCUGAACUGUUAUUAUAGGUUUCUGUGUGACUUUAUGUUCGUCCUACCAUAAUAACCUUAGUGGUUUAGUGUGGAGUAGGAAUAAAGAUAUCAUUAUUUAUGUGACAGAUUUUGAGCAUAAAAAACUGAAAAGUGUGCAGUAUAGACAUUGGAUAAUAUAUUAUAUUAUCGGGCCAAAUGCUGAAUGACAUCAUUCAUAAUAUUAUAGUAGGGGAAUGAUUUGUUACUCUGGCCUUAUAUUUGAGAAUAAUUUAACACACGUGGAUAAAUAAUGAAUAAUACUAAUUCAUUUAAGGCUCAGUUGUACACUAUGUGUGUAUGAAUAUGUCUUUGUUAAUUUUCAUUGAUUUAAAAUUGAAUCAGUGUUAACGGGUUUAAGAAUUAUAAAGAUUUUAGUGUGAAUGGAAAAUGAUUUAAAAGACUACAGUAUAGAAAAUUUAGUAGGUCAUGUCUACUACAGUUUUGUAAAUACAUACAAUUAAUAUAAUUCAUAAUUAGGUGUAAUAUCAUAUUUAUAUUGACCAUAAAAAUAAUUGAACGAUAAGUGUAUCUAUUACCUAUAUAUUGUACUUUUCUUUGGAAAUUUUGUAAUGUUGUAAUCAAGGUUGUAAUUAAUGACUCACUAUCAGUUUACAAAUAUUUGAAGUACUUGAUUUAUGUUUUUUAGAUAAUAUAUUAAUUAAAGCUAUUGAUUUUAGUUUUAGGUAGGUAAAUAUCAGUGGAAAUGUCACAUCAUAGCGAUGACAACAUGUUAAUAGCAAGUAGUGAUUCGUUUUGGGAACCUGGUAAUCAUAAACGUACCACUAAACGUAUUGAAGAUGGCUAUCGAUUAUGCAAUGAUCUUAUUACACUUAUACAAGAACGAUCAGACAUCGAAAAAGCAUAUGCCAAAAGUUUAAAAGGAUGGUCAAAAAAAUGGAAUGAAAUCAUAGAAAAAGGUCCCGAAUAUGGAACUACGGAAGCAGCUUGGAAGGGUGUACUGGUUGAAGCAGAUAGAUUAUGUGAUUUACAUAUAAGAGUCAAAGAUGACUUGUGUAAUGAUAUAAUGCAACAAGUGAAAACGUGGCAAAAAGACAAUUACCAUAAGGUAAUACAUUUUCGAUAUUGUAAUAUCUACCAGUUUAUUGUUUAAAAUAAAUCAGUAUUUUUGAAACUAUUUAAAAUAUUAAAAUUUUUAUUGUAAUAUACUAAUAAAAUAAUUUAUUUAAAAAAAAAAAAAACGCUUUAACUAUUACAAAUAAAAUUCUUUAUUUAAAUAUUUGCCUAUAUGUUACAUCUUUUGUUUUAGACUGUUUUACACAUAAAAGAACGCAAAGAAAUGGAAGAAUCAUUUAAAAAAGCUCAAAAACCUUGGUGCAAAUUAUUGACAAAGGUUAACAAAACAAAAAAUGAGUACCAUAUUGCAUGUAAAGCAGAAAAAUCUGCAUCAAAUCAAGAACGAAAUGCUUCUGCUGAUAGUUCCUUAUCCAUGGAUCAAGUAAAUAAAAAUGGAAUACUUAGUUAAUUAUUAAAAAUGAUUGUAUUUAUUUUAUAAACAUAAAAUUUAUUGAUAUUUAGGUAAAAAAAAUGCAAGAUCGCGUGGCUAAAUCUAAGGACGAAGUGCAAAAAGCCAAAGAAAAAUAUGAAAUGACACUUCAAGAAUUAAAUGCUUAUAAUCCAAAAUACAUGGAAGAUAUGACUGUUGUAUUUGAUCGAUGCCAAGAAACAGAAGCAAGAAGACUACAGUUUUUUAAAGAUACUCUAUUCACAAUACACAAGUGCCUAAAUGUUUCUCAAGAUCCUGUGUAAGAAAUACAAUUUUAUUUUAUUUAUUACAAAUACACACCACACCAUCAUGUAAUUAUUUUUUUAUUAAUUAGAUUGCCACAAAUUUAUGAAGAAUUUUACCACACAAUCAAUAAUGCUGACCACGAGAAAGAUUUGAGGUGGUGGUCAAAUAAUCAUGGUGUUAACAUGGCUAUGAACUGGCCCUUGUUUGAGGUUUGUGAUGCUUCAUUAUAAAAUAAAUGUUUUUUUUGUUAAUUUUUACUGUAGAAAGUUGUUGGUGAUUUAUUUACUAGAAGCAUAUAUUUUUGGUUUUUGUUUUGAUUUUUAAUUCUUAAUAAUUGUAGUAAAGCCAUUAAUCUAAUUUGUGUGCAUGUGUGUUGUCGUGUUAUUCUUCUAUAGGAUUAUAUAGAAGAAUUCCGAGAUAUAUCGAAAGGAAAACUCAAAGAAUCUAUACCUGCUGGAACAAUUACAUUAAUCAAUCAACGCUCAGUCGGUGAAGAUUUGCAUGUAAAUGUCAGUGUGCAUUUAUUUAUUUUUAUUUUUAGUAUAAUUAUGUAUUAGUUAGAAAAAGUUAUAUUAGUGUGACUAAUAGUAUUUUAUUUGAAUUGUUUUUAUUUUUAUGUAUGCCUAUUUUAAAUAAUUUGUGAAGUGUUAAUACUAUAUUUCAAUUAACAUUCUAAUCAUUUUUAAAUAUUUUUAGGAUUUGCAUUUAACUAAUCCAAAAAUAAAUAGCAAAAAGCAAACUAUUGCAACAUCACGAUCUAAUGAUAGCACUGAUGAUCAUAAACAAUCCACGGAAAAAUCAAAUGGAACAAAAUCACAUCCAAUAACGUAAGUUACUAAAAUACAAAAAUGUAUUUUAUUUAAGAAAAACAAUUCUUUUUUUUUUUUGGAAAUGACAUUUAAACAUAAUGUCAUUUAGAUUCCUAAUGAAGGGGUCGUGCACUGGACCUUAUAUACCUGUGUUAAUCGGUAAGAUCGGUUACACAUGUCCUUUAAUUCCUUUGUAUUUAGAAAUCCCUUUUAAUUUGUAAUAUUAAAAAAUAAUUUAAAAAUCCUGAUUUUUGAUUUAUUGACUUUGUUUUCGAACUAUUAUUUUUGCUAAAUGUAUAUAUAUAUAUAUAUUUUUAAAUUGAUAAUAGCAAUGGAGCGUCCAAUAGCCAAACACCGGACUCAAAUCCUUUUGAAGAGGAGGAAUGGGAUGAGGAAGAAGGAGUUGGUCCCGAUGGUGCGCUUGUGGACAACGGAGAACCCGGUGUACCUGUAAAAGCACUCUAUGAUUAUGAGGGAACUGAAGCUGAUGAACUUAGUUUUAAACAAGGUAAAAAAAAUGUCUUACCUCUAUGUGGUAUAAAUUUAUAAUAAAUAUAAAUUUUAAUUUUAGGAGACCUAUUUGAAAAACUAGAAGAUGAAGAUGAACAAGGUUGGUGUAAGGGACGUAAAGAAGGGAGGGUUGGUUUAUACCCAGCUAAUUAUGUAGAAUCUGUAUCAUAAAUGAAAGAAAUGGUGUGAACAUUAUCAAAUAAUUUGUAUUAUAUUAAAAAUGAAAACAACAAUGACGUAUAAUAAGGAGUAUUGUUUGUUCCUCUGCCAAAAGAAAAAUGUUGUGAUCCAAUUCAUAUUUUUGAAAUAUUGGUUGUUUUAAAUUUAAAUUGUUUGUUAAUUUAUAUUUAUUUAAUGAAAAACACCUAUUUAGUUAUUUUGUUGUUAUUAUAAAGAGGGAACAACUAGUAGAUAAAACAAAUAUUUAUUUUUUUAAUUUAUUUUAAACAAACAUUUUACUAAAUACUCAAACUAUAUUUUAAUUUAAUGUUAAUAAUUUAUUUACUGGCACUAUCUACUAUCAAAUAUUUUAGAGACGUGUAUAGAUAAUUACUUAUUUACUCAAACACCAUAUAAUAUUUAAAAUAGUAAAUUAAUAUUAUAAUUAUUUAUAUGUAAGAAAAAUGUAUCAUAUAAUAAUAUUAAAAAUAAGUAUCAAACCAUAUUUUAUAAAUUUUAUAAGAUCAAAUCAAAAUCUGAAUGAAUACAAUGAAUAACUUAAAUAGGACAAAUAAUUUUACUAGAUAAUUUUAAUUAUUUUUAUAGUUAGGCCAAAAAACAUGUAGCAGAGAAAAAUAGCCAAUGACUUGAUUUUGAAUUGAAUUGUUUAUUUCUAUUUUGUUAUGUUUCAAUUUAAAUGCAAUAGUAUCUGCUACUAUUGUUAUUUUCUAAAUGAAAAUGUAUUUAUUGGUAAUAAUUGUUGUUAAUUGUAUUUUUAAAUGGAAAAUUUACUAAUAAUACUUAUUAUACAAAUAUUAAUUUGCCAUUAGAUUGUAAAAAAAACAACUGUUAACUAUUUAAUAUUUUUUUAGUUAUGUUUUGUACAUAGAAUAUAAUAUAUUAUUACAUAUUAGUUAUUCAUUCAUAUAAUUGAAUUUUAAAUAAUUCAUUAUUGUGUUGCAUGUUGUACAUUUAAUUUUU